GUGCACUUGCAUCAAUCCCAUAGACGUUCCUCUUCAUCUUCCAAUGAGUGGAGAUAGAUUGAUCCAAUGAUCAUUCAUCCGCUCAUUGCUCUUCUGCAGGAAUGGUUUCAGAUAGUUGGAGAGAGCCAAGGAGAUGAGGCAGGAGAAAGAGCUCUUACAGAUGUUGCCUGAAUCAAGGCAGAUCAAUGCAGCUAUGCCUUAUGUGCCAUCCAGAUUGCUUUUCCACCCUGAACUCAUGCUUCAGUCAGAGCUGCCUCUUCAGUGUACACUCAAAAGAGAAGCCAAUAUGCAGAGCAGGAAUACCCAGGUUCAGGCCAUUCAGACUCCAAUAUUGGAGAAUUUAUGGUCCAGAGCCACUGUCAUAUGCACAACUGAGACUGACUAUGAUGAUAUUUCAGAUGUUGAUACAUCACUUCAUCUGUGAAAAAGUUUUACAAUGUUAGUCUAUCUAGUAAUCUUGUGGUUUCCUUCCGUUUCUUCUCCAUGGGGCAGUAAGAAUAUGGGAAAGGAAAUGUAGGAGGUAAAGAAAAAGAAAACAGAAUAAGCAAUGUAGCUAAUGGCCAUUAUCUUAUGUAUCUUCAGCAACUACAUAGCAAUCAGAAAGGCAAUUCCCUUGUCUCUUUCGAAAUGCGUUCUCAUCAUAGGUAAUGUUAUCCAAUUUGUCAUUGUUCCCUUUCCUCUUCAUGAUUUUGGGAAUCAAUCGAGUUACUUCGU